AUGUCGACCAUGCUGAAGACGUUUUAUGUCGUUUUGAUAUUAGCAUCUUUCAUCUUCAUUGGCACCGCACUUUUUUUUAUGUUUACCGAGCAAGGAUAUCGCUUUGAUAUCGCUUGGUUCCUGACAGCCACAUCACCGCAUAUGUGGGCUGCUUUGGGUAUUGCUUGCUCCUUGUCUUUAUCUGUUUUGGGAGCUGGAUGGGGAAUAUUUACGACAGGAGUAUCGAUUUUAGGCGGUGGCGUGAAAGCACCUCGAAUUCGAACGAAGAAUUUAAUUUCAAUUAUAUUUUGUGAAGCCGUUGCUAUUUUUGGUAUUAUAAUGGCAUUUGUAUUCCUUGGUAAAAUUCAUGGAUUCAAUCGAGCUAUCGCAUCAGAUGUGGUCCUGUCCAAAAACAUUGCUAGUGGGUAUAUGAUUUUUGGUGGUGGGCUUACUGUUGGUUUCAGCAAUUUCGUGUGCAUUGUGGGCAGCGGUGCAGCUUUGGCAGAUGCUUCAAAUCCGGCUUUGUUUGUAAAAAUUUUAAUUAUUGAAAUAUUUGCGUCUGCAAUUGGCCUUUUUGGUAUGAUUACUGGCAUAGUGCAGACAAAUAAGGUUGCGAUGGGUGACCAGAUCUGA